AUGAGUCAGUCAUCAGUCAUCAGUGAGAAAGAAAUGGAAACGGAGAAUGAUCAAGUCAAAGGUAACCGCACGAAAGUUCCAGGCAUGGGCUGGGAUACCGAGGAUGACGUAAUUUGGGUACCACCGCCAAGGGCAUUUCAUGAGAUCGAAACAAAACGUCAGCUACUGCAAUGUAUUUCGUCAGUAUUCCACCCAAUGGGUGUAGUCAGUCCUGUCACGGUUAAGGCGAAAAUCAUCAUGCAGGAGCUUUGGAAGAGAAAAUUUGGGUGGGAUGAUAUCUCACCAGACGAUGUACGCAAAGAAUGCCAGAAAUUGUGUGAUUCACUGUUGUCACUUAAUGGAAUAAAAUUGCCAAGGUUUGUGGGUACUCGAAGUGAUGACGGUUCAACUCCGAAGUAUGAACUACACGUUUUUACUGACGCAUCCGCACAUGCGUAUGGUGCUGCUGCGUACCUACUCACUACUUGUGGCGAUAAUGUUUCAGUCGACCUGAUAUUUAGCAAGAGUUGCAUUGCGCCAACCAAGCCCACAUCCAUUCCUAGGUUGGAACUCUUUGCUGUAGUACUUGGUACAAAGAUGGUCAAAUUUCUUAGAGAGCAAGUACCAUUCGAGCUCAACAAGACGCACAUAUGGACCGACUCAAAAUGUGCACUAGCAUGGGUAACGGGAAAUCAACAGCGGCCGCAAUUUAUUGCAAGAAGAAUUAGAACCAUUGACGUGGUGAAUAAUGUCAUGUACGGUCAUGUUUCUGGGAAAGAAAAUCCAGCUGAUAUUAUUUCACGAGGAGCUAAUGGAACGAGUUUACAGCAGAACAACUUGUGGUGGGAGGGUCCAACGUGGUUGAAGUCUGGUUCCUAUCCAGAAAGUAUGUUUCCCGCAAUGCAAGCUACGGGAAGUGAAAUGCCAAUUUGCGAGGAAAAUGCGGACGAAGGUCCCUCUCCCGAAUCGGCCUUUGUUAGUAAUGAACACAAUGAGGUAGUCAACUGUGAGGAGUUCUUCUCGUUUUGUAAGCUUGUGAGAGUGAAUGCAUGGGUACAGCGGUUCAUACGGAAACUCAAACACGAAAAGUCGGAGAGUGAAACGAAUCUCACAGCUGAAGAAAUCGGAAUGUCAAGAGUAGCUAUCAUUCGGUAUCAUCAAGCUCAGCACUUUGGAAAUGAAAUCAAGGCCAUAGAACAAGGCAAGCGACAUCAGGUCUCUUUCUUGAUAAUGGUUUAA